AUGUGCAUCUUCACACACGGUGACUCUGCUCCCCUCCCACUAGGGCUGUCCGGAUGGAUUACCGUCUCGUCAUCUCCACCACAAGGCGCCAUCUGCAACGCCACCGGAGACCGCAAUGAAAGGGACCCCCAGGUAAGCUGAAUACUGCCUUAUUGUCUUUGCCUGCUUACUGUCUGAAUUUCAAAAAUCAACUGACCCAGCGGCUGGAAGACAUGCAGCUGAAGAUGAAAACACCCUCGUCUACAACCUUGCGGAUGGCCACUAAGCAAGUGGCCACCAGGUCAGUUAAAUAUCGUUCUGAUGAAUGUCGUUCUGUUGAAUUUGUCUGCUCACCGUCUACAUUUCAACAAUCAUUUAGCACAGAGAGGGAAGAGAACAUCUGUUUCCCGUCCCUUUAUCCUUCCCCCAUCAUCCCUGCUUCCAACCCACUUCAAAGAGUCCUGCAGAGGGGAUGACAUGCAGUCCCCUAGAUGGCCCGGGCUAACUCGGGACGUUCCCCACUAAACAAGGUCGUGACCCAAAGUGGAGUUCCGCAGCCGUCUGGGGCGACUAAGCAGUCCUAUUUAGGGGCAACACUGCUUGCUCCGCAAGGGCGAGGGCUGGAAAUGGUUCCCUAAACAAAUGCUGGGAUUACGUUCUUUUGCGCGGGGACCGUGGCUUGCAGAUGUAAAACACGCGGUAGAAACCGCCAAAAACAAAACAAUACUCAUUUGGCGCCGUAUUCUCGCAGUUUCUGAUGAUGGUCUCAUGUAAGAGACCGAAAGUUUAGACGAAUACAUGUACUGUCCUAGCGAUCGCGCGUUCAUCUUCUUGUCUUCCCAUCCCAGGGGCUGGUAAGGCGAGUUCGCUCACUCUGACAGCUUGGAAUUUUCGCUUCUUUUUAGACAAUCCGAGGAGCAACCGACCGGAUCGGAGGACGGCCCCAGUCGCUCAAGAACUGGCGCGCUAUUAGGUGAACAUCGCUGCACUCAACGAAACCCGAUUCUCUGAGCAAGGCCAAUUGGUGAAGGCUACACCUUCUUCUGGAGCGGUCGCCCAGAGCAGAACGACGGGACGAAGGCGUCGCCUUUGCCAUUCGGAACGACAUCUUAGAACGACUGCCCUGUCUGCAACAGGUGAGUCCGCUCACUCUGGCAGCCUAGAAUGUUCGUUGCCUUUCAGACAAUGCGAGGAGCAACUAACCGGAACGGAGGGUGACGCUGGUGGCUCGGCAAUUGGCGCGCUAAAAGGUGGACAUCGCAGCACUCAGCGAGAUCCCGCUUUCUGAACAAGGCCAACUGGAGGAGGUGGGUGCCGGCUACACCUUAUUUUGGAGCGAUCGCCCCAAGGCAGAGCGACAAGACGUGAGCGUCGCCUUUGUCAUCGGGACGACAGGUAACAAUUGGGAGAUGGCACCCAAAAAAUCCGCCCAACCAAAGCAGCCUGUCUUACGGGAUUGCGUGGAUAAAUAUAAAUAAUAAUAAGAAGUUUUUUCAGAAAUGGCUUUUCGAACGAUAAAGUUUAACCUCAUCACUAUAUGGCAACAAAAAUGUGCGCGGUGUCGGAUUUACUUGAAGAGGCAGAUAAUAUGCAGUCGAUCCAGCUCGUAUUUCCUGCUUAAUGGCUUUUUUAAAUAGGGGAUUGAAAGCGGAAUACAGUUGGCUAAAGGAAACGUUCUACGUUGUGCUGUUCAUGACCCUAUGCCUUCAUAUCCUCGCUUUCAAAACUGCACGUUCAAUAAACACAGAGGACGUGAUUGAAAACAUCGCCGCACCUGACCCCGACGAGUUGCCAUUUUGUGAAAUUGCUUAGCUGAUGAUACCGUCUGUCUAGGAUUGUAUGCUUUUAAAGCUUUCCGGCCCUCAGUAAAGUACCCUUAUUUUAUUCCUUUCAUCAGCCUGUGGACGAACACUCAUGCAGUCCUCCGGCAUAUUCUCAUCGGUAACGGAAAUUUUUGGAUGCCAUCUCCCAAUUGCUACCGGGACGACAUCGUCGGACGACUGCUCUGGCUGCCGCAGGGCAUUAACGAUCGUCUGAUGAGCCUCCGCCUGCCUCUCCAGGGAGGCAAAUUCACCAUCAUCGCCAGUGUGCACGCUCCCCCCCCCUCCCCCGAUGACCAGCCCUGACGCUGCAAGAAUCAAAUUCUACGAGGACCUGAACGCCCUCCUGGCGUCUGUGCCGAAGGCGGAUAAGUUGAUUGACCUUGGUGACUUCAACGCCCGCGUCGGCACAGACCAUGCUGCCUGGAGGUGAGUGCUGGGUCUCCAUGGUCUCAAUGGCUCCAAUGACAAUGGUCUGCUCCUCCUACGAACCUGCUCUGAACACCGAUUCAAUCUGAGCAACGUCUUCUUCCGCCUCCCGGUGCAAGAGAAGGCCACCUAGAUGCACCCUUGGCAGAGACACUAGCACAUGCUGGACUAUGCCCUUUUUCAGAGGCGAGACAAGCUGGAAGUGCUGGUGACAAUAGCAUCCGUAGAGAACCGACGAUGUCACCCGCGAGACAUAGUUCAGUCAACCGCUCUGGCUGUUCUCGGUCGUGCACGCCGCAAACACCAGGACUGGUUCGACGGCGAUGACGCCGCCCCUAGCAACCUACUCGCCGAGAAGAAUUGACUACACAAAGCCUUCGUCAAUUGCCCUACUGACGACAAUAAAGCAGCCUUUUACCGUAGUCGCCGCCUUGUGCAACAGCGGCUGUGGAAGAUGCAGAAAUUUAGCGAAUAGGCGGUGAGAGUGACUGCUCCUUACGCGGUCAUCUUCAGACCAAAUCCCAAGUUGUAAAGAGAAGAUGUGGGACGCCAGUUGGGAAGAGGGUUUAUUAUGUACAGAAUAAUAGACGAAAGCUGGCAUCCGGAUGAGGGUGCAUCCGGCGCCGCGAAGGCGGCGUCCGCCAGAGCGACCUGCCGUGUCGCAGUAAUUCGCCGCCGCAACCGUGUCAAGACAGGUUGUUUGCAACAGUGGUCUACUCUGUCCGCCUGUAUAACCAAUCAGUGAGAAGAGUUGCGUUGAUUGGCUCCGAGUGCACGCUAGGGUAAUUACAAGCCCCGCAUGGUCCAGGCAGAGGAUCGAUUAGAAGUGUGUUGUGGACUGAAUUGCAGCGGAACAAAUCGAAGCCAGGCAGGCGUGCGUGCCUAGGCAGGCUGUCGCUGGUGCGCAGGUGCAGGCAUUAGCGAGAGGCGCGGCGUUGCUAUGAUCGCUAUCCGCAACAGGAGGCCUGGACAGUUCGCAAGGUCGAGGAGAUCCAAGGGUACGCGGACCGCAACGGAUGGAAGAACUUCGUCACUGUGGUCAAGGCUGUCUACGGUGCCACAGCCAAAGAAACCGCUCCUAUCCUCAGCACCGAUGGAACUGCCCUGUUUUCUGAGAAGGCGCAAAUUCAGCAGCGAUGGACCGAAAACUUCAGGGGCAUCCUCAGUCGACCCUCCACCAUCUCCGACGCCGCCAUCGCCAGUUUGUCUCAAGUGGAGACCGACGCAGAUCUUAACCUCCCGCCCUCUCCGCGAAACCAUCAUUGCCGUGCAGCAGUUCUCCAGUGGAAAAGCGCCCCGAUCGGACAGGAUCCCUUCUGA